AUAAAAAGAAGACGUCUCCGAAUCCGUCUCCGCCUUUCCUGUCUCCUCUCGCUCGCUCUCCCCGUCUCCCGCACGCCCACCCGCCGCCGCCGUUCGCCAUGGGCCUCCUCGACUCGCUGUACCGCGUGGUGAUGCGCCGCAACGCCGUCUACGUUACCUUCGUCGUCGCCGGUGCCUUUGCGGGCGAGCGGGUUGUAGACUACGGAGUUCACAAGAUCUGGGAGAUGAACAACCUCGGGAAAAGGUACGAAGACAUACCAGUUUUGGGGCAGAGGCCAGCCGAAGAAUGAUAUACUUUGGUCGCCAUUUAGCUCCGGUUUAACCGUUUCAUUUUCGCACAAUAAUAAGCUGUGUAAACUUCUUACUCUGCUGCUGAGAGCUGCUUCCCAUUCAUUUUACUCUGAACAUGCUGUGAGGGAAUUUCGUGGUGCAUGGC